ACCAAUGCAGAUUCAGGAAAACUUGAUAAAUUAAGUAGCCAUGAAAUCUUCUUUAAUUGCAUUUUCUGCUCUUGUGCUUCUCAUCUUUGUUGCCUCAAAUUCAGAGGCUGCAAUUUCAUGCAGUGAUGUGAUUAAGGACUUGAAACCUUGUGUGAGCUAUUUGGUUAGUGGAAGUGGACAACCACCAGCUGCAUGUUGCUCUGGAGCUAAAGCUCUAGCAUCAGCUGUAUCAACAUCUGAGGAUAAAAAGGCUGCUUGCAACUGCAUCAAAUCCACUUCCAAGAGUAUUAAAAUCAACUCACAAUUGGCUCAGGCUCUUGCAGGGAACUGUGGAAUUAACACCCCCAUCACUAUCUCCCCAGAUGCUGAUUGUUCCAAGGUUGGUUAAUUGAGGCUUGGAAGUGGGAAUUGGAGGGUCAAAUUGAACAUUCUGCUACUAUAUAUAUAAUAUAUAGCAUGUAUGUUAGUAUGAGAAUAUGAUAUAUUUUGUAAUAAAUAGGAAUCUACCUAUGUGGAUUUCUGUAUUAUGUUUAUGUAUGUUAUUUUGAAUAAGUUGUUGUUAGAAUGUUGUUCCCAAUUUAACUGGAUCGUUGAGCCGGCCCCUAUUGAAAUUUGAAUGUUACAAAUGUUUGUUCUUUUGCUAUAAUUAUCUAUAUGAAGAAUAAUGUUAAUCUA